CUCCCAUCCCGACAGUGCCCCAUCUCCACCACACCUCGCAAUCCAUGCUUAUAAACCACCUGUAAAGCCGCACCAGCUCUCCUCUCCUGGGUCUGUUCCACUUGAUUCGCUGCCUCUCGCACAUGCAUCUCCAGCGUGCUCGCCCCCUCAUCACGACGCUCCUCGGCCCCUCAGUUCCCCUCGUCCAAAGAAUCACCACCACCGUCGCAAUGGCCGACAACAUGAAGCGCAACCCGCACCCGGACUUCAAGUCCGUCGAGGCCUCGCGCCCUGAAUGGGACACCCAGGCGCAGUUCCACUACACCAAGACGGCGGAUCCCGAGUGGAAGUAUGGCUCUGGCGCAAACGGCCUCGACCCCGCGGCCGCGUCCAAGAAGCACGUCGCCAUCGACCCCCACGAGGCCGGACGCAUCCCUGGCUUCAACUACAAGCUGAUGAUCUCGUCCAUCGUCCCGCGCCCCAUUGCCUUUGUCAGCACGCGCGCCGCCGACGGCUCGUCGACCAACCUGGCGCCCUUCAGCUACUUCAACAUGGUCAACCACGACCCGCCGCUGUUCGUCAUUGGAAUCGCCAGCGGGCUGGAGCGUGCCAAGGACACGCUGCGCAACAUUGUCGACACGGACGAGUGCGUCAUCAACAUCAUCUCCGAGCCCUUCCUUGAGGCCGCCAACUCCACGAGCGCCAACGCCCCGUACGGCGUGUCGGAGUGGGAAAUCUCCGGCCUGACCCCCGUGGAGGACUGCGAGACGGUCAAGUGCGCGCGCGUUGGCGAGGCUAUCAUCAGCAUCGAGGCCAAGCUGGACACCGUCAAGGAGUACGAGAGCCGCGCAAAGCCUGGCAACAAGUCCGGGACUGUCCUCAUCCUCGAGGGCACUCGCUUCUGGGUGAGGGAAGACGCCGUCAACGAAGAAAAGAACCUCGUCGACCCAGAGGUGUUGCGGCCCAUCAGCCGUCUGGGUGGCAUCACCUACGCCAGAGUGACCGAGGGUAUCGAGCUUCCGCGGAUGGAUUUCGAAAAAGACGUUGGUGGUAUGGACGGUUUUGCAAAGAUCAAGCAGCAGACUCAGAACGGAACGAACGGCGAGAAGAGCUCGUAAGAAAAAAUGUCAUUUCGCAUCAUAAACUCUAGUAUAGAAAUAGAUAUAGACAACUGGAACCGACCGCGGGUAAAUACAUGGGAC